CAUGAGCUGAGCUUCCCGGUAGAACUUGUCCUCAGUGGGACUCGAACCCGGGGACGCAACACACAGUGGGACACAGUGGGAUGCACCACACAGCUCUACCACCGACUUGUUGUUUGUCUAAGCUGCUCCUAAAAUGAUUGUCACAAACCAAGGACACUUACUUCCUUCGGUUUGUUCAUUCAUCAUUUCUGUUUAAUAAUAGGAAAGAGAAAUUUUUAGCUAACUAAUUUGCCAGCUGUGCACUUUCUUGGCAUUGCAUGUUCGAUGAAAUUUCCGCUCCGACGUUGUGUCGUGUAUGCUGAAUUUCUCACUGCUCCUAAUUUUUAGUAUAAAGUUAAUUUGUGGUAAGUUAGGAUUGAACCUCGGUUUUUCUCGCUUGUGUUUAUUGCUCAAUGUGAACGUUACAGAAGUUUGAUAUUAUCAAAAAUUCUCAGCUCAUUUUACCAAGCUUGUUUAUGCUUAGUCCUUUGUGACGUGAACGAAUCUCUAUCUUUUUACAGGAAACCUUUAUGAAAUAAUAACUUCGUAAGGUGAACACUGUAUUUUUCAAAUGCACUGAAUAUUUUUAAUAGACCCAAAAAUACUUUACGUAAAUUAGCAAUUCAUGAAGAUUCAAAAAACGUGAUCGCAACGAGAAGGAAUCGCUGUCCAGUGAACCUUUCAGCUGACGCUCAUAGAUAUUUUUCAUAGAUAUUUUUUACAAUGGUUAUGAAAGUUAUUUUUAAAGAAUUUCGUGUAGCAUCUGUCAGGGUUACUAAAUUAUUUAUUAAGUUGGUGGAAAAUACAUCAGGUGUAAACAUGUAAUGGCAGUAGCAUUAAGACUGUAUUUUUUUAAAUUUAUAUUGCCAAUAUAUUCAGAAUUUAAAAAGCCUAUCUGCGUAGUUUUAUUGUGUCAGUAACGAUGUUGCUGGAGGUGUCACAAGGUAAUGUAUCUAAAGCUUCGUCGUGCAUGUUGCUCGCCAUGUUAAUGAAGUUGUGAUAUUCUGUGCCUUCUCAAAUAGCUAUUUAAGAAUUUAUACAUCAAUUUCUACUUCUUACACAUAUAUUCCUACUUAUUGGACUCGUUUGUGUAUCAAAUCCGUUGGAAUUGACUUUUUCGCAAUGAGUGCAUUAGUAUAUCAUGAUUAUGAGCUAACUUCAAAAACAUAUUUCAUCGUAUCUUACUGCUCAACAAAUUGCAUUGUCAAAAACCUGCAAAAACGUUUCAUUUUUAGCUCCUGAAAUUUUUUUAAUUAGCUAUACACUUUUUCUGUCGCCUGAUUUUCUAUAAUCCUUUAGCAUAAUUAUUGCGUAAUGAUGAACGGUGAAAUAUAUCCAACGAAUCAAAACUUGGCUUAUUCUUUUAUUAGCAUUUGUGUAAUAGAUAAUAAUUUGAUAGUUUGGUUGUAUAUAGCGUUUCACGUUUCACUAAUUAGUGGAUUAUAUCAUCCAUGUCUCUCAUACAUUGUAUGCUAGAGAUAAGGAUUGACACUCAAAUUUCCCCCUAGUUUCUUUCAAUUGUCCAUGCACGCAAUGAUGACUAAUGCGACCUAUUAUUUAGGUGGGAAUAAUUUGUAUGGUCACAGAAAACCUCAGGGAGGAUGCUGAAGUUGUCCUGCUUUCAUUUUUAUUUCACAUACAUUAAACACUCAACUAUGUUCGUGUAUGUGAAGUGAAUUAUAAUGUGCUGCAGUAUUAUUGACUUUAUUUCCAGUAAAUGACUUGAUGUUUUUUCAAUUAACAGCGAAAGUAUUCUUCUAAGGUUAGACUAUUAUUAAUCUUAUCAGCUAUCAAAACUAAACAUCGCUAUCAAAUUCCUUUAAUUGUAAAAUGCCCAUUCAGUCCAACAAAUAUUCUUUUAGGAUGAGCUUAAGAAGUUCAGCAGAAUAUUUGUUGAACUCGUUUUAAAAUUUACUUCCAUUCACUUAGUCCUAAGCAGCCACUGCUGCCAACUUCAGCAUCGGAGGGGUCGGCGCCCCCUGGGUUCCCAAGCCAAUAAUUAUGAUGGACAAAUUUUACCAUAAAUUAUAAAAAUUCUCAGCUUAUUCUUAUUAUUCAGUGUUCGCUCGAAGAUGAUUGAAGUUGAAAUUAUUGAAACGUCUCAAUUUUCUGGAUGAACUGGUAGAAUAAAUAGAAUAAAAAAUGUUAGGUACACCAUUUUUAUUGCUAAAAAUUUCGGAUUUACUUGAAGGCCUUUGCUGUCGAACUCAGUUGUGCAAAAAUAUUCACGGAAGAUUCGUAAUUCAUGCUAAAUCUUUACAAAAUUCCAUUUUAGGUUUACUUUUUCUAAAACUCAAAGAUUUUACUAGAAUAUACUCAACGUUUCAAACUUUUGAAACACUUCAAUGCGUUCUCACAUAAUCGGCUGUUCAACAGCCUUGCAACCAUCGGCAUCGAGUUGGUGCUUAAGUUACGAGCUUAGGAUUGGAUUUAUAUAUUAUUCCCAUACAUUUAUUUUUAUGAUAUUUAGGUAUAAAUAGUAUUUAAGUGGUUUUUACAUCAGAACAGUGAUAUUUGAGAGUAUUGGUGAGCAGCGCGUUUGGAGGUUGAAAAAAUAUGAUCUUUCCGAAGACCGCGUAUGGUACAAUUACGUGCUCUGCCGCGCAUUGAAAUAAUUGUUUGGGAACGACGUUAAUGCGUCACAAGCAUCAUGCAAUUUCUUUUUAACUUAUUGAUUGAGAAUUUAUUAAUUACAUUUAUAAUUAUACAAUGUUAGAUCUCACAUUUCUGCUAUCAUGCUUUUUUCAAGUAGCUCGACUGGGCUUCGCAUCCUUAAAUUUCCCUUACAAUAUUUAUCCUAAUUUCAUUCAGUAAUCGUGCUAACUCACUGCUACAUCGUUUUAUCAUUAUCCUCUUUACUAACAUUUUCAGUUUUAAAACAUGCCUCAAAGCUUCGAUUAUUUAAUAUAAAUCAAUAGAAUAUACGUGGAGUUAUUGACAUUGUGAGAAGUGUUGGCAAUGGAGGCGGUAGAGGAAGAGUUCCUGGCAGAGCGGGAACACGUACAGAUUAUACCUAACUUCUCGCACGACAAACUCUACCUCAUUGCCGGCGACGUCGGUCCUUUCGUUGCAGGCAUCCCGUGCUCGGUGCCACUGUGGCUCGCCGUCAACCUGCGGCAACGCGGCAAGUGUCGCCUGCUGCCGCCCGCCUGGAUGGAGGCCGAGGCUCUGGCCGCCAAGAAGGAGGAGGAGAUGCAGACCAAGGUUUUCACGAAGAUGGGAAGCGAGAACUACAUGGCCGUUGCUCAGCUGCUGCUCACCACCGCUCCACAUGACGUGCCUAAUGCUCAUCUCGUCCGUACGCUCAUCAAGGAUAUAUGGGACCUGAGGAUAGCGAAGCUGCGGUCGUCUGUGGCAGAGUUCAUCAAGCAGUCCGGCAGACACGCUCGCCUGCACCACCUCACGCCCAUGGAGCUGCACUCCGUCAGACCCAUCCUGCCGUCGGCGCUGGACCAACUCCUCCGGCUGGGGGCGGCGGCGUCAGGCGCCCACAACGUCUCCCUCAACGACUCCUCCAUGGCGUGAUCACUCUAAUGCCUUCCAAAUAAUUAUAGCUCAUAUUUUAUGUACGGUUGAAGGUGUACGCAGUUUAAACACUCUAAUGUCAUCACAUCAAUUAUAGCUCAUUUAUUUUAUUUUAGGUCAUGUCCUACGGAUAGGCAGUUAAGCAAAGUAUACAUGUCAUGUUUAGUGAAAGAAUAAAGUCUAUUACAGCUCCAUUGAAAUUCUUUCAUGUUAGAUCCAACAUGAAAUUUUUUUGUGAAUUUCAUGAAUGUCCUGAUGAACACGAAAGAUGCGUCUCUGUAAUAGCAGCUAUUCACUUUUUAACUUACGGGACGACUUGAACGUUGUUCCGUACGGAAUUAAUGUAUUAGAAUUAAUGUUUUGGAAUUAUUGUUAGGUUUUAUUAAGACCGGUUGUGCGUGGCUUCUCAAGACUAAGAAUCUCUGUCGGUACUUUGUAAUGAGUCUAAAAAAUCCGCCUUUCCCAGAUUUUAGAUAAACAGUUGAUAAUGUGAAGCAAAAUAUACGUAAUUUUCUCAUUAAUUUUUACUAAUGUAUGGCAAGUCAAUUUUUAAAAUUUCUAGUUCAUCAUUGCUACGAAGGAUAAUGAUGUGGGAUAGAGCCAUGAUGAACUUAUAUUUUGAGUCCAACUCACGAUAUAUCAAUAAUAUUUGUUUUCGAUAAUUCACUAUGUGAUAAUUCACUAUGUGAUUCAAGAAAAUUGCCAUGUUGCUUGAUAAUCACAAAUAGUUUAAAAAUUAGUCUUUUGGAUUUACUCAAAUUCAUAUGUUUGCCCAGGUUUUUUUCAGUAAAGCGAUCCCCUCACACUAUGCUGUUGGGUAAAAUAAGAUUUAGAUGACGGAAAAACAAAAUCUCCAUAGAAGUUUUUUAUUCGGAAUGACCGUGUGCGGUUUUUCUAGCCGUCACAGUAAAGCUCGGGCCUGUAAAUAUAAAAUUCCAAACGUGUAUCAGUAUCAUAGCUUAGGUCGUUUGAAAUACAGUAUGUAGUCAAUAUUUGUUUUUUGAAAGGGAAUUAAUAAUUUAACGUGUGUGGGAUCAUUUAUUACAGUUUUCAAAUUUCAAACGCUUUGAAUUCUUGUUUAACAGAAAUAUUAACGAUCUAGUGGUGCAAAUCUGAUGGCAUUGACUGAGAAAUAUCUUUAUUUCACCUCCGAAAAAUGACAUUACGCUAUUUUUGUAAUUUUUUAUGGCUCGAAAAGUACGUGUUAAUCUUUAAUGAAAAUAUUAAUAUACGCGGAAGGCUUGAAUAAAACAUAAAUGAA